AUAAUAUAUAUAUAUAUUUAAAAUACUAGAAACUACUUUGCGCCCCCCGGAGUUAAUCAAUAACAGCUUCAAGAUUCUGCCCUUCGGUGCCAAUUUUCGUCUGGAGACGACACCAGCCGAAAUGCACAAGAUAACAGCCGCACCAGCUGCGGCCACAGCGCCAGCUGGAGCAUUGGAGGCACCGCUGGCAGCGCCCAAAUACGGCACACUCAUACCCAAUCGUAUCUUUGUGGGCGGCAUAAGUGGUGACACCACCGAGGCGGAUCUGACGCGCGUCUUCAGCGCCUACGGCACCGUGAAGAGCACAAAGAUCAUCGUGGAUCGCGCCGGUGUUAGCAAGGGCUACGGCUUUGUCACAUUCGAGACGGAGCAGGAGGCGCAAAGACUGCAGGCGGAUGGUGAGUGUGUGGUGUUGCGCGAUCGGAAGCUGAACAUCGCACCGGCCAUCAAAAAGCAGCCAAAUCCGCUGCAGUCGAUUGUGGCUACCAAUGGAGCCGUUUACUAUACCACCACGCCGCCGGCACCGAUUAGCAAUAUACCCAUGGAUCAGUUUGCAGCUGCCGUCUAUCCGCCAGUUACUGACUUUACAGCCGCUGGCGUGCCAGCCAUCUACCCACCUUCAGCCAUGCAAUAUCAGCCAUUCUAUCAGUACUACAGCGUGCCAAUGAAUGUACCCACCAUUUGGCCUCAGAAUUAUCAAGAAACUCAGCCACCGAUGCCGCAUCAUGCACCGCAGCACGGCGCUUGGGAGUUUGAUGAUGGCACCAACAACAACAACCGUAACAAUAGCAAAAGCAACAUCUCUGUGACCAAUUGGCGCAUGUCCAUGUAGUCGAAUUCAAUGCGGGUCACCCUCUAGUCUAACCGAAGAAAAUAUACCGUAUACACAUACACGCACAGCAACACAGCACCAGCAGCAGCAACUGGAAGAAUGAGAAAGAAAAAGGACAGUAAUUGAGAGCAAAUGCAAAAGAGCAAACGCAAACGUAAACGCAAGCGCAGUAGCAAAAGGAAAUACAAAAACGAAAGCUCACGCUGUUGUAGUUGUAUAGCGUCUGUAAAAGAUCAAGUGAAGAACGCUAGCGCGCAUGCGAGCAAGUGAGAUGGAUGCAGUGCGACGGCUGGUCAGGCGAUGCAUAAAUAUCAAACGAAGAAGAGAGGAACAGCAACAACUACAACAGCAAUGGCAACAAUAACCAAUAAGAAAAGAAUCAUUUAUGCAGCAUUGGUGGCGCUCACGACACACACACACAGACACGCAUACAUGCACACACUCAAAGACUCACUCACACACUUGCAAAUUAGUUUCAUAAUUUUUUCGUUUAUUUGUUUCCGAGUUCAAAUUGUUUCAUUGUUUCCCUGUAUUUUCGUUACUAUUGUUCUGUUUAUUUCGUUUCUAAUCCAGUGUUUCAAAUGGGCUGCAGUUACGUUGCAGCCGCAACAACUAAAAACAUCAACUAUAAAAACAAA